UGUAAACACACCCACGACACAGAAGAAAAUCCUAAUUAAAAUCAAUGAUGAUGAUGUAAUGUUUUAGGUUAUCAGCGAUUUACCAAUGCCCUUUCAUCUGGUUUUCAACUAUUGGACCUCAUUGGAUGGUAUUGAACCUGGUCCAUGGUCCUUUGAACCCAGCUUAUAAUACUGACUUCCUUCAAGCUCGAGUUCCUCCCUUCCCGUUCUUGGGAAGAGUCGAAGAGCUGUGGACGCAGGUGAAAGGCUUGUACCGUCAUAAAUUUGACUUUUAUUACGAGGAAGAACGUAUAUAUCAAAAUCGGAUAGUCCCUAUCCUGCAGGAGCUGGGUAAACCAGUGCUAGAUUUAAAUGCAAUGAAAUAUAAUGCAUCAUUACUGUUUGGCAAUUCGCAAGUAGCGCUUGGUGAUGCAGUGCCAUUGCCACCAAAUUAUAAGCAUAUAGGUGGCUUCCAUGUUGAUGAAGUAGUGAAGCCUUUACCGGAGAAUUUGCAAAAGAUUAUGGAUGAAGCAGAGCACGGUGUCAUAUACUUCAGUAUGGGCUCCAAUUUAAAGAGUAAGACUAUGCCGAAUGAACUGAAGAAAGGUCUGCUGAAGGUGUUCGGAGGACUGAAGCAGACUGUCUUGUGGAAGUUUGAGGAGAAUCUACCGGAUCGCCCCAAAAAUGUCCAUAUCUUGCAGUGGGCACCACAACAAAGCAUAUUGGCUCAUCCCAAUGCGAUACUUUUCGUCACUCACGGUGGUCUCCUAUCACUCACCGAAGCAGUCUACUUCAGCAUCCCAGUUAUUGUUAUUCCAGUCUUCUCAGACCAGUUCCUCAAUGCAAACCAAGCCCAACAUAAAGGAAUUGGAGAACAAAUUAACCUUUCCUACAACCUAGAUAAGGACCUGAAGGUCACUCUGGAUAAAGUUCUUGGUGAUCUUUCCAAAUAUACUGCCAGAGCAAAAGAAGUAUCUGCAGCAUAUCGCGACAAUCCAGUAAAACCUGGAAAGGAGUUUAACUUCUGGGUGGAGCACGUGGUGCGGACGCGCGGCGCCCCACAUCUGCGCUCAGUGGCGCUACAAGUGCCGCUGUACCAGCAAGCGUACUUAGAUCUGUUAGCUGUAAUACUGGGAGCAGCUGUUGUUAUAGUACUAGUAGUUAGGAAGAUUGUAUGCUUCCUUACGUCGAAGAGUAAGAAGCUGAAGAAGAACUGA